CCGGAGAUUCCUACAACUUGUCAUUCAGUAAAAUUGUCAAACAAAGUUGUCAUACGCGUUGGGAAUGUGUCAGUGAGCGAACGUUAGCCGCUUGGUGUAUAAUAUUUGUAUCGUAAAUGUGGUGCGUUUGUGUGAUCAUGAAAAAACACGUAAUAGAUUACUUAAUUAUAAAGUGAUAAGAGUGUUUUGAGUUUAGUGUCUUAAUAAAAAAGUUAUUUUCUUUUGUAUGUCAUCGGACUCUUCAAUAUGGCGGCUCCCCGUCACAAAUCACAACAGAAAAAUAUUUCUUCGAUAUUUUCGAAGUUGCAUGGUGCUUUCUCGGAUGCAGUCUGUCCCACUAAACUGGCGACGGACAAACGGACUCUCGAUAAGACUUGGAAAUUAAUGGACAAAGUUGUUAAAUUAUGUCAGCAUCAUAAAAUGAACUUAAAAAAUAGUCCGCCGUUUAUUCUUGAUAUUUUGCCCGAUACAUAUCAGAGGUUGCGUAUAAUAUACUCGAAAUAUGAGGAUAACAUGCAGGAGUUGAAUAAUAAUGAACAUUUUAACAUAUUUAUUAUAAAUUUGAUUAGAAAGUGUAAGCAGGCUAUUAAGUUGUUUAAAGACGGUAAAGAAAAAAUGUUUGAUGAGAAUUCUCAUUACAGACGUAAUUUGACGAAGCUUAGCUUAGUGUUCAGUCAUAUGUUGAGCGAAUUAAAGGCCAUGUUUCCUAAUGGAACGUUCGCGGGCGACCAGUUUCGUAUAACGAAAAGUGAUGCUGCCGAAUUCUGGAGAACUAACUUCGGAAACAGUACAUUGGUGCCGUGGAAGCAUUUCCGUGAGGAGUUGAACAAUGUGCACCCGAUAUCUUCAGGGCUGGAAACAAUGGCGCUUAAAACUACAAUAGAUCUCACUUGCAACGACUUCAUAUCUAACUUUGAGUUCGAUGUAUUUACGAGAUUAUUCCAGCCCUGGAGCACAUUACUUCGCAAUUGGCAAUUAUUAGCUGUCACUCAUCCUGGCUAUGUCGCAUUUCUCACAUAUGAUGAGGUGAAGGCGAGGCUUCAGAAGUGUAUACACAAGGCUGGAAGCUACGUGUUCAGAUUGUCUUGUACGCGGCUCGGUCAGUGGGCUAUCGGCUACGUCACAGUCGAUGGUGAAAUAUUACAAACAAUACCACAGAACAAGAGUUUAGUGCAGGCGCUAUUGGAUGGUUAUAGAGAGGGAUUCUAUCUGUAUCCAAACGGCCGUGAUGUGAAUCCGGAUUUGAGCAGUGCGAUCAUAUCACCCGCAGAAGACCACAUAACAGUAACACAGGAGCAGUACGAGUUGUACUGUGAAAUGGGUAGCACAUUCCAAUUGUGCAAGAUUUGUGCUGAAAACGACAAAGAUAUUAGAAUAGAACCGUGCGGACAUUUACUGUGUACUCCUUGCCUUACAGCAUGGCAGAUAGAUUCCGAAGGUCAGGGAUGCCCUUUCUGUCGAGCUGAAAUCAAGGGGACCGAACAGGUCGUCGUCGACGCUUUCGUUCCACCGAGACCGCCUAACACGACGAAUGAAGCCAAAGUGGCGAAUACGAAGACUGCUGUUAAACCUGUAUCGUCGAAUUCGUCUGGCUCAUCCGGCUCAUCCGGUUGUAAUGGCUCAAGUUCCGAAGUAACAGUAUCGAGUAGUUCGAACGGUUGGUCGUCGAGGAACGCGACGUUUAACGGAUUGACGGACGAUAUUGACGAUUCCGAGGACUGGGCCGAGUUCAACGCGGCCACGUCGACGAUCGACGCGCUGCGGCCCGGCGUGCGCUCGGCGGGCGCGUCCCCGCGCCACUCGCCGCGCGCCGCCCGCCGCGGGUGGCGCGGGGACGCGCCCGCUGAGAACGCGUACGGGGAGCUGCGCGCGCCGCCGCUGCCGCCCCGGAAGAGCCUGUCGCCGGCCGAUACCAUCGCCGCCGCCUCCAGCGUGCAGGACAUCGCCUCCGCUACCAUCAUGGAACCGCGUCGCCGCUCCUCCCUGGAACCUGAACCAGACUCCAGACAUCGCCUCACCUCCGUGAUCACAGGAUCAACUGAAACAAUCACGGGCCUUAUCGAUACUAGAAAUCACGAGAUACCACCUGAUCCGAGAGCAUUCGAAAAACCGAGACGAGCUUGCACCCCCCAAUCAAACAGUAGACCUUUACCCGCUCCGCCUCCAGAAAGACAACCAUUGGACAGAACACCAUCCGACCCUAAACCAGAAAAAUCUACUGACAACCGAGCUGAACGCCACGCAACGGACCGUCAAUCCGACACCAGACACUUAAACGAUCGACUCAUAGACAAGGAACGACAUGAUAGAUCGUCAGAACGGUUAGAAAAUAGAAACGUCACAGAUAAUAGAACGGAUAGAUCGAACUCGGAGAAUAGAAUCUUGGACAGGCAUACGGAGAGAUAUAUGCAAGAGAGGCAUAUAGACUUCCGAAGUCCACCAGAAAGGCCAGAUAAACCAGACAGACAAAGUGAUCGAUCGAGUUUUGACCGAGAUACGAGGGUGGAAAAUCGAGCACCGCCAAGACAAAGGUCAUUACCGUCCACUACCAGUGGGAGCUUGGACAAUCAGCCGACGAAGUCGACGACCAUGCCGAAAUUCCCUUCUGAAGAUAUUAAGGAUCCGCCGUAUGAAAAUGUUGCGGUGGAGAAAAAUGAAUUAGCGGUUGCGCCCAAAAAAAUCAACCCGCUGACCCACGACAAGCACGGCAGGAAGUACGGUGAUAAUGUAUCGUACGAAAAUAUAAAUUUAGACUACAUUGCUCGUUUAGUUGGAGAGGGUUAUCCAAAAGACAUUGUAGUGAGAGCGUUAGGUAUCACGAGGAAUGAUCUAGAAAUGGCUUGCGAUAUAUUACACGAAUUCGGUUCUAAAAUACAGCAUAAGUGUUAAAAAAUUGUUUUAAAUUUAGUGGCACUAAUUUUUGAAAUUUUUUAGUCUGUGGUGUUAAAAUGGCAAUGUGGUAAUCUUUUGGUGUUGCACGCUUUGAUUUUUUCACAAUUAAUUGUUUUUUUUUUU